AUGCAAGCUCAAAAGAUGCCAUGGUUGAUUUCAGAAAGUCAUGCAUCACCAUUAAUGCAAUGCAAACAGUGUUCUUUUGGCGUCAAUGGGACCAGAUGCUUUACGUGUACAACCGCAGCAAAGAAUACAUCUGCCUCUGGAACUCCAUUAGAGUAUAAUGGAUUUUUUAAGAGAGUUUGGGAUUCUGAUGUAUGGACAUGUCCUAAUUCGUGUGGAAGAGCAAAACGAGGUGGGACCUAUCAGGAAGGCAAGUUAACAUGCAAGUACUGCACAAAAGGCCUUGUUCUAUAA